AUGUGGAAGAUUUCACGUAUUUUUAUUGUUGUAUUAUCAACACUUAUUACUUUUGUUUCAUUGAUUAUACUGGGUGUUACUAUUUUUGCUAUUGUUCAUUACAAACAAAAAUAUACUUUUGUUCCAUGGAAUAUAAUGAUCAUGACAACACUAACUGGAAUUACUGGAGCAGUUUCAUUAAUCACUGGGAUAGUUGGUAUUCUUGGAGGUGCAUUGCAACGAAAGGCAAUUGUUAUGGUGACUGUAGUGUUAUUAAUAUUUGCAACUACUAUUGUGACAUUUAUUGGGUUGUAUUCAUUUUCUGGUGUUGUUUAUACUGAUAAAACUUUGAAGAAAGGAUGGUCUAAGAUGGAUGAAGAAGAAAUUCCUCAAUUUGAAGAAGUUUGGGAGUGCCAUGAUUUCAGUCUAGCAACAGUAAACACUACUACUCUUAAUACUACAGCUGAGUCAAGUUCAAAUUCUUUACCGUUCUGUGUUGAUGUAUUAAGAACACCAUUUAAACGAUAUAGUGGAAUGAUGAUUGGAUUUAGUUCUAUUGUUUAUCUUCUUCUUGUUGCAAUGCAAAUUGUAGUAAGUUUCCAUGUUGUUAAAGGAGAUAAAUCAAAAGAAGGAUUUUCACCUAUUGGAAAUGAUAAUAAAGAGUAA